GAAACAGAUGCUUCCAGAGCAGUGCAGCGCGUAAGCUACCACCCCCUCCAUCAUGACAAUCCCUCCCAUUGCCUAACUCGCUGUUGCUCCCUCGCUCACUUUUGGUUCCUCUCUUAAUCUUUGCCCACUAUCUGACCACACAGAGAGGCUUUGGAGUGGGGCAAAACAGCCUCUCUGCCUUUAACCGACUUUUUUCCUUCAAAUCAUGGGAGUGGAACAGCUUUUCUUUUUUCCUUCAGGAGUUUAUACUUAAAAUUUGGGACAUGACCGUGGAGCUUGCUUUGCACCAUUCCCCCCAUCUCUUGGGAUUGUUACUGCAGCAGUAAUGAACGUAUGUUGCUCGUGAUUGUGUGUGUCAGCUCAGCAUGAUGAAUCUGUCCAAUAGUUUGGAGUCCAGCAGCUGGAGUGGAUCAUCAUGAGAGGGGGUCACCACCAGCGUGGCUGUGGGUGUCGGCACCUAUUUAGAAAACUGCUCAGUAAAUGCGGCUGCUGCUUUGUUAGAGGUAUGUAGAUGCUCUCCUUUCAGGGGGGCGUGAGCUGUUGUUCUCUGACUGGGAUUUUUGAGUUUUUGUUUCUCUACAUUGAAAAAAUUGUGUCAAAAAUUUACCCAUCUAACUUGUUUACAAUGAAGACACACGUUUGGUUGUGUAAUUUCCUUUAGUCAGAAAGCACUCCUUUCUUCACACAUUUAUACAGUUUUACUCUUUUUAGUGUGAUUUUCAUACAUGAACAUCACAGAGUUUGUGUCCAUGCUUCUUGAACAAAGAGAAUAGCACUGUUGGAUAGUCAGAAAAUAAUUAGUUUUCUUUCACUGUCCUUCAUGUUCACAGCUUUAUAUAAGAAAACUAGUCAGAAAUAUGAGAAUCAGAUGUGCUCUUUUGAAAAAGUUUGUGAUCUUUUGAUUUUGCAUAGAUGAAAAUUUCAAAAUAAAUUUGAUUUGGAGUAUCUUUAAAGUUGUUACACCUGAUUUUAGGUUAGAAAGAAGAAAAAGACAGCAUGCACUGAUAAUGGUUUUCUCCUUAAUCCAGAUUUUAAUUGUGUCACCUACAAAAAACAGUUUACACACACUGAGCUAGAUUCUCCUUAGCAGACAGUUUGCCUUUUGCUUCAAGGUUUUCCUGCAUUAGGUUUCAGGAAGCAAUAACCUGUUAUUGUGAAGUUCAUACUAGCAUGUUAAUGUUUCCUCUGUUAAGUCACCUUCAACUCCCCAAAAGGGAAAUUUUUGAAUUCUGUGCACACAGGUCAGUUUCUUGUGGGAGCAAGUCUUUUCUCUUUUGCACACCAGACAGUAACAGAAGUAGAAAAGAUUAUAUCAUCAAAAUAUCAAAGUUUAUGUCACAUUGGUGAUACUCUCUGGUGACAAAUGGCUUUACCAUUGUUGGCUACAACCCUUAGCCAUGGCACUGGUGCUGGGUCAAGGCAUCAACCUGGUACCGCCGACUUACAGUUCUGGUAACACUUAAUUUGACGCCUAUCUCUAUAACACAUUAUAAAUAUAUGUAUGAUGUGCUAUAAUUAUGUUAUAACACUGUAUAAGUAUAGUUAUAAACACUCAUAAAUGAUCAUAAUGCUGUAUAGCAAUAAUCAUAAGACAUUAUAAAGCAUUUUAUUAUGACUUACAAGGUCAGGUAUUAUAAUGUGUUAUAACUGUUUACAACUCACUGACAAUGCCCACAUACAUAAUGCAAUGCAACUGUUGUUAACAGUUAUAACACAUUAUAAUACCUGACCUUGUAAGUCAUGAUAAAAUGCUUUACAAUGUGUUAUGAUUAUUGCUAUAAAGUAUUAUGAUCACUUAUGAGUGUUUAUAACUAUAGUUAUACAGUGCUACAACGUAAUUAUAGCACAUUAUACAUAAGUUUGUAAUAUGUUAUAGAGAUAGGCGUCAAAUAAAGUGUUACCAGAGUUCCUUCUUGACUAGGGAUACUGACAGACUUAAAGAGAAGCAGCUAGAGUUCAACAACAGCUGCUAAUAUAAUGCGACUUAUUACCUUUUGAAGUAUGAGUUGGAAACCUUAACCUAAAGCUUACAGUCCAGGAGAAUUCACUGGUCCUGAGGUUUUGAGCCUUUUCCUUUGUCAUCCUAUCUCGUUUGAUUACGUGCUGAUUUUUGCUGUUGGAGUUUAGUGUUUGUUUUUGCUAGAGUUUUUGUGACAUAGGACGGACAGGUAAUAAAGGUUUGGUUUUAAAAAUAAAAAUAAAAUACAUCUUAUAUUUAAUAUAUAUAUCGAAAGAGCGAGAGAGAGAGAGAGAGAGAGAGAGAGAGAGAGAGCUUUAUAUGACUUAGAUAGGUAAACGUUGCAUGAUCAAUACAUCAAGUUACGCGGGCCGAACUUGGCUAAUCAUCAGCUGGCUAAUCAGUUUGUGUAACCCACUGAUCAUGACUCUACUUCAUUUGAGAGCCGAUAUGAGCUGCUUGUCUUUCAGAUAACAUAGGAAUGAAGUGACCUCAGUGCUGAUUUGCUCAUGGAGCAGCAGGUCAAUAGCAUGGAUGAAAAAUGUCCAGUUUUUGCAUCUGUGCUGCAAGACAUAUUUUCUCAAAAAAACAACAACAACAACAAUCUCAGCUUCCAUUGAUGGGCCAUCACCAACAAGUCUGAGUUUGAUGAAAUCAGAGUAGCUUACAAAGCCUGCUAAAGCCAGCACAGCCUUCCUGCAAAUUACUUCUGGAAUUAAAAAAGAAAAAUAUUGGAGCUUAGACUUCUUGAACAAUCUAUUACUGAAAUUUAUUUAGAGAGAGUCUACUUUGCAGUAUGUUUUAGAAAGAAAAUCCCAAAACGGAACAAACACUACAAACAGAAGUUAAGUGAUACACUGGCUGUAGUGUCCAUGUACCAACUUGACUCAACCCCCUAUGCAGUUUUUAAGAAUGAAGGAAUUAAACAAUGCGACGCAAACCAUUCUCAUCUCUACUGCAAGACAUCGUUUUCCCCUCAGAACAUUUUGGCAUUGUGACAUGGGUUUGUACCUGGAUCAUCCCACUCUUUUAGCUAGCCUCAAGUGAUCACACCAGGGACUGCAGUUUUUGGCAUGUCUAUAGAGGCUUUACUUUGUUCCUCAGAGGUUUCAACUUGGUUGAACUCCAGGAACUAGAGGGAAAGAGAGAGAAAUUAGGCUCUCAGUGUAAAAUGAGCUGUUAUUCAGUUACAGAGCACAACCGCUGACCCAGACAAAGCCAGAGCCACAUCUGGAUGUCUGGGGUGUCUCUGAAAAACCGACUGAAAAACGACAACUGUCAUUAAGUCACUUUCAUGACAUUUCUUUCCUCUGACAAAGUGUUUGAAUUAAAGAAAUGCAUCUUUUAAAGCAUCACUUAUAUUAAUUAUAGAAACUUUGAAUAGCAGAACAUUUUUAGUUUUUCCUUUUUAGGAACGUAAUCUUUCUGAUUUUUCUGUUUUUUUUUCUUUAACAAUUUCAUUUUCCUCUUUUGUUCGGUGAUGACGUAUUUCUGUCAAAACAGAAUGAUUUUCUUAAUCUGUAUCCCUGCUCUGCACUGUGUUGUAGCAGCUGUACACAAACACACACUCACACACCCUCACUGUCAACACACAAACACAUCCCAUUACUGCCCCGACCCUUAAAUCCUCUGUUGUUCCAGUUGCUCUGGGAGUGAUUACAGAACAGCUCUCUUUUGAGCUGCACCGUGCUGCAGACUCUGCAAAUAGAUGUGUGAAAUAUUUUUUAAAAGAAAUCCUUGUUUCAGAAGCUCUCAUACUUUCGUUUUGCAAUCGUGAAAAAAAAAACAUACCUGUUUCUAUUCAUUGAAAUAAACACGAGUUAUGCGACAUUGCAAUUGCUGUUAUACAAGCUGUUUUCUUCCUUCUAAAAAUACCUUUCCUGCUUGUCUGCAGGGGUUACAGUCAGGAUAACCAGUCAGGAUUUUUUCUAUCAUUUAACACUUCGUCUUAUUUUAAUUAAUUUUGUGGCUGUUGUUUUUCUCUUCUUUAAUUUUUAUCAUCUCGUAGGGUCUGAAUUCUCUCUAUCUCUGCAGGCCAAACCUGUCCACAGCUCCUUCAUUUGAGAACAGUCUUAUUAGGUACUUCUUUGGCACAUUACCCAACAACUGUUUAUAAAUUCAGAAAAACACCUCCAGAUAAAGCAUGUUUGAGACACUUCCUUGGAAAUGGGCUGAAAAACCCUGCCAAAAACCUCCAUGUCUCAUUACUCGAACAUUACACUGACUCAGAAACGGCUAUGACUAAAUUGCCUAUGAGCCAGCCGAUGUGUGUGAGAUGAUCACUACCAGUAUGUUGGAGAUAAACAUGAUGACUAAAGGGUACAUCAUUUUCUAUGAUCUCAGAACAAUCUUAUAUGCAGAAACCAGCUGUUGCAACCUUGGGUCUAAGUUGUGUAUAACACAAUUAGACAUAAUCCUGUAAAAGUCAAAGUCAGACCAAAAAUGGAUGUGGUCGAAGUCUGGCUUCUAGAGAACCAAGUUUUCUUUUAAACGAGUCAAUGUGUUUGUUGAGCUGUAACAAAUCUAAGGGUCUUACAAAGUGCAUUGAAAGAAUCAAAGAUAUUUAGAUUCUGAACAAACACGGAAAUUCAAAAUAAAAGUAUGAAAACAGAAGAGCAAGAGAACUUGAUCCGGAAAAUUUUGUACGUGCAUGGCAAGGUGCAUUAUGACCUGUGGUUAUAAGUCAGAGGAAGUUUAGCUGACAGCUGUGAAGAAUAUAAAUGUUGUGUUUUAUUUAGACUAUUUGAUUGUCUUCAGGAAACUGCAGCAUAGCAUUGAGGAUACACUGCUUCCAUUUCCUCUUUAUUUUUCCGCAAUAACCAAAGAGUGCCAAUAUGCUGCAACAGCCCACACAGUUUCUAUUAGGAGACACAGGCUGUGUUUCAAGAAAAAAAUGCAGGUAAAUAAAGAUAGAAUACAAAAUACAAGAUUUUAUGGUCAAUAUCAAAUACAAAAACAGCAUAGAUGUGCUGCAAUAAAAAGGUGAAAAAAGCCAAAACAUGCAAAGGUGGUGAUGCCAAGUUUAAACACACAAACCAAAGGUGAGCAUGCAAACACGAUUGUUCAGAAUCCAGACAUCACAGCAGCAGAGCUCCACGUCUGCAGGGAAGGGCCGGUCAUUCAACUGGUGCAUGGCAAGAGCGACAUCUGUUGCUCCUCACAAUCAUUUAUGAAGUUUUAUUUGGAAUCGGCACCCCCGUACAGACCUGAAGCACCUGAACGAAGAGCAUCUGAAUGUGCAGUGAUCUUUCAAAGCAUGUUGCACUUGGGUUUGUGCGUGUUUAACUUCAUAUGGCUCGUGUUCUUGCAGUUGUUUUUGUAUAAUGUCUUCUAUUUGUAGUGUUUCUGCCACUAUAGCAUUUGUUCUUUUUAACUUACAGCCUGUUUGUAGAGAGAACUACAAGAUUAUAAGCAAAGAGUGUUGCAACUGUAGACAUAAGACUUUCAUUAAUAUCUCAACACAAAGGAUGACGUCUGCAGAGAUUAAAUGCCUUACUGAACUGUUUGCAUAGAGAUGCUCCGAUCCAAUCCGAUACCGAUACCUGGGCUGAGCGUAUCGGCCAAUAUCCGAUACCAACCCAAUACUACUGUUAAAUAAAUGAACUGUAUACCUUGCCCUGUGUGUGACGGCAUCAGGCUUGACAUUAGCCUUGUUAAAAAAGGUAACAAAUUAACACAGAUAUAAAUUUACUUAAUGUUAUUUAUUAACAAAUAACAAAUUGCACAUUAGCACACAGCAAAAAGAAGUAAGACUUCCAUGUUUUAAAAGAAAAAUUCAUUAAAAGAAAAAAAAAAGAUAAAAGCCUGGCAGGUAACGUGUGGAGCUCAAGUCAUACUUUGAUUUGCUGAGGUGUCGGGUGGGAUUCUGACAGCAUCAGGAUGACUCCUGCUGUUGCUGACCAUGACCAUUUAUGGGGUUUAGAGGACGAAAGAUGUAGUUAAAUAUCUCCCAGCCAUCUGCUCUUCAGGGAGAGAGGGUGAGAGACUUCCAUAGUUUAAAGUAGGUCAUAGAAACAGCUCCCCCACUACAGCUGGAUAAACACUUCUACAGUUAUUUAUGCUGCUCUUCUUGUGUAACAUAGGUUAAUUUUUUUACAGACCUAAACAAGAGAAAGCAUCUUCGCAUUGUAAUUUCAAGAUUGUAGAACAUAUUUAGCUUUAACCAAUACUUUUUACCCUCAGGGUGAAUGCAAAAACUCUCUCAGACAUCAACAUUUACUCUUUCACAGAAAUUUGCACAAAAAGAAAAUGUUCAUCACAUCUUGUAUUUCUGUAAAAGCUUGAAUGUCUGGGUGCAUUCACAGCAUGCAUGCUGGCAGACUCUGCGGACAGUCUGCAGUCAGGAUGGGCUCCAGCUGCUGCACUCUGAGAAAAUGACACAUUACAUAAGUGUCUCAAACAAACAUGACGAGCUGUGUCUCUCAGCUCAGCUGCAUUUUCAGACAUCACGAUGACCGUCACACACCAUUAAGGCCCAGUUUGUUGAAAAAGACAAUGUAUUAGUACAUAAAAGACCUGCAUUGAGGUGUACUUGAUAUAUCACCUAACAGAUGGUGAGGUGCUAUUAGUGGACCCGAAUGAGCUGACCUUGACAGAGAUGUGGAGACCAGAUGGUUGUCUCUACGUAACAACAUUGUCUACUCUGUGUGUGUGUGUGUGUGUGUGUGUGUGUUUGGACGUAGAUGUUUGCCCCAGCUGAAUCUGCAGAGUUUUUUUCUGUUCUGUUCUUAUCUUUGUCACAUAUUUAAAGAUCUUCAGGAAUUUCCUUAGAUUUUAUGGUCAGUAUCAAAAGUCUGUACCUGUACCUGUAUUACUUUACUGAGUUGCUCAUCCUCUCUUUCUCCUCCUGUGAAUCAUUUACAAUUAUUUUUCUUUUGAAGCUCUGCAACUUGAUGUGCAUAAUAUGAUACGAUGUAUGAUAUUUGCUUUUCUGCUAUCAUGAAGAUUAUCUUUGUGAGCAUUAGUACGAAUAAAUGAGAAUAGAAGCAAUGUCCUGACAUAUUUUUUUAAAGAAACAUGUAAGCCCGUUUAUUUCAUUUUGACCACUGAUUUCAGUUUAAUGGCUUAACGAUGAAUUGGUUCAUGUAAAGUACUUAGUUAAGUGCAGGUACUAUAACGUUUUGAUGUAGCUGUUAGAUUUAGAUUUUUUUUCAGGUAAAUGAUCAACACAACAUUCAUUUAAAGUUAUCAAUCGUAUGACCUGGGAAAUACUUGGUUUUGAAUAACCCAGUGUGGGUUGUUUUUAACAAUACCACUUGAUCAAAUAAGGACCAACUACACACUACAUUUUAACCCACCAAGAUGUUUUCAGUAUUCAAUCCAGACGGUAGUUAAUUUAACUACAGCACAAAGUCAGUUCUACCUCAUUAGAUUUUUUUUUUCAUGGUAAGAUAUUUAAGAAAUAGCAUUUUAGAUGACUACAUAGAUAAAUUAAAUCAGAUUGAGUCCUUAUUUUUUUGUUGCCUUCCCAAAUUACAUUUAAUAUUCUAUAACGCAGUAUCAAUAUAUGUAUAAUGCAUUAUAAUCAUGUUAUAGCACCGUAUAACUUAAGUUAUAAACACUCAUAAAUGAUCACAAUGCUUUAUAGCAAUAAUCAGAACACAUUAUAAAGCAUUUUAUCAUGACUUAAAAGAUCAGGUAUUAUAAUGUGUUAUAACUGUUAAAACCUCACUGACAAUGCCCACAUUUAUAAUGCAUUAUACAUAUAUAUAUGAUUUGUUAUGAUAUGCUUAAAAACCUGAAUAACUAUCAUUAUAAACACUCACUAAUUAUCAUAAGGCUUUAUAGCAAUAGUCAUAACUUUUAAGUCAUGAUAAAAUGCUUUAUAAUGUGUUAUGACUAUUGCUAUAAAGCAUUAUGAUCAUUUAUGAGUGUUUAUAACUAUAGUUUUUUAGUGCUAUAAUGUGAUUAUAAUCCAUUAUACAUGUAUUUAUAAUGCUUUAUAGAGAUAGGCAUCAAAGAAAGUAUUACCAAUAUAACUACCACAAAUCUUAAAUAAUGCAACAUCAGCAUUGUGAAAUUCAUCUAGUUGUGCUGUUUGUCUUCAAAGAAGAUUUUUAUUGUUUAGUCAUUAUGCAAAUUAAAAUGAAUGAAUGAGAAAAAAAAAGCAUAAUUUAGUACUUUACCUUGACUGCCUUCUUCUAUUUCAUUGCAGUAUUAGGCAGUUUCAGGCUGCUUUGGCACAUAGCUGACCUAGAUUUCCUCUGGCAUCUUUAAGCUUGUUAUUAAGAUUAAUGCUUACAUAAAUAAGCUGAUGGGAAUAGCGGCUUUUAGAAAGAGUCCAAAACAACAAAGAGGGGCUCCUUAGAGAUUCCACUUUGCUAUGAUCAGUAGAUUUGAGUGAAAUGUUAAUGUAAUGUUAAUGAGUUCUUGAACUGUGGAGUAAAAAGGUGUCAACUCCAGAGGUGGACGAAGCUCAAAAAUAGAACAAAAAUGAGCAGAACAGUGCAGAUGUGAUGCCAUCAAUUUGUCUAAUUUCCCUUGAACUAACUCAUAUUCAAAACCUUGUGUGUAUGUCAAACAAAAAUUUAAAAAUCAGGUGAAAUUCGAGAAGGUUUACAGUACUUGAAAUACUUUUGGUGUAAUUGUCUCAUAAGGAUCAGCUGCAGACAAUGAUUUGUCUCUAGACUGUAAAGAUCAUGGACGUAGUCUCAGUGAUGUCACAGGCGUUAUGAAGCCUAACGAUGGUGGUCGUUGAGGCAGAUAGCUGACUCAUGCUUACCCACUAACAUGCAAACAGUGACCACAAUCCCAUUUGCUAUUCAACCUAACCGCACAACUAAGUAUGCCAAACUUGACCUCAAAAUGUUCACUUGGUCUCUUAUUGACACUCUAGUUCAACCAUUUAAAGGAAGUAGCCGGUUACAUUUCACAGAGGACUGGAGCCUCCGUGGUUAAAAAUCACAAUAAUUGGUAACAACUACUAGGUUUUAACUCAUAAAUACCAUGCUGAGGUAUUUUAAGUUACUAACUUUACUCAUGAACAUCUGGUGAAACUAUCUUUUUAUUCAUUUUUUAAUUACAUUUGUAAACCUUUCCUUACAAUUAAGCACAAGCAUUUACUCGAACAUGUCUAACUUUUUAUUAAAGGGACAUUCCGGCAGAAAAUUAAUUUACGGUCAAACACACUGUAACACUGAGUUAGACAACCCAUCAAGAGAUGAAUGUUGCAGACAGCUUGCUUCUCUAGUUAUACCAACUUUAUAAAUGACCGCACGAUAGCAAAACACAGAGCCACACGCUCAACCAAAACACCACUCUAUAGCCACAAAUAAUGCUCAGAACAGCACCUAACUUCAUCAACAGUACAUAUAGAGUCCUAGCCACAGUACUAGCCACCAAACAUCUUUAUAACUUUGCAUUAUUUCUUUCGCAAAGAGACUAAACACAACUCACGUACUCUCUUCCAGCAGUCGCUUGUUUGUAGUGAGACCUCAGGCCAGUCUAUUACGGACCACAGCGGGGUGACGCAGCUCAAGGAAAAACAUUUAUGAAUAAUAUAUCCCUUUGAGCAAGCUAAUGGCUAAACAGGUUUUCCUUUGGUCGGUAUGACUACAUUUUUCAAGCUAAGGCAGAUUUCCUUUUUAUAUAGUGUCUGCGUUCAGUCAAGCUGUUGUAGAUAAUUUCCAGUUGAAUCUCUGAAUCUUCCCUUCUGAGCACAGAUGUGUUUAUGAUUCAGGAUCGGUAUGUACUGCACCAAGGUUAGUUAGGGAUUGACACAGGAAAUUGUACAACAUUUUUGUGCUACUAGAAGUCUGUCUGCAGUAUCUGACCUGAGAGGAUGCACCCCACAAUUAGUUUCUGUACAUUAACCCACUCCGUUUCCCCCUUCUCUCUCUCUCUCUCUCUUUCUCUCUGUCUGUUCACAGCUGAGUCGUACACUGUAGCAGGCAGUGACAGCAACAUUCCUCCAUCGGUGGGCUCUGUGGCCCACCAAGCCUCAGGCAGCUCCAGCCCCUGCUCACACUCCUCGUCUGGAGGAUCACGGCACCCUGUCAGCGCCCUCAAGAAAUGGCUCACAAAUCCUGUUUGCAAGCUGAGCUCUGAUGCGAGAGGAGGAGCGGGAAAGGUGGAGAAGCAGAUGUGCAGGUCAGACAGAAGGCAAGCACCAUUGCUGCUUUCCCACACUAAGACUCAGCUGGAACCGACUGACAGCUACACCAUCCUCCCCUGUGGAGACACGGUGAGACAUAAAGACAGGGACAUGCACUUCUUUCAUUUGAACCUCCUGCUCUUAAGUCACUCUUUGUAUUGGUUGUUGUGUUUGUGUUGAACAGGAGUGGAAGGAUAGUUUGUUGAGUCCAGAAGCAGGUUCUCCAACACAACUGUCAUUUCAGAGCCAUUUAUGUGACCUCCUGCAAAGGAAAGACAUGCAGACUCAAGUAAUGUCAAUUUCACAAUGUUGUAUUCUGUAUUUUAUCCUGCUCUUUCCCAGACACCAUCUGGAAGUAAUCCACCAGUGAAGCAGUCUGAAAAUCUGAAACAGGGUCAGGGUUAUGGGUGGACUGUUAUAACACAUAAGUAGUCAGGGUGAUGGAGGGUUACUUUGUUGGAGUAAAUCCCAAGACUGCUGACUCAACAAGAACAUCAGGGCAUGUAUCCACUAGUGGCACUUUUAGCCUGCUGCAUAUUUCCAAACAAAACCAAUACAGUUUAGUGUUCUCAGUGCAGACUUGUGCCUUGCAUCAGCUGUUUUUUUGUCACCUCACUCUAAGUUGAAAAUAGUUGAACUUUAGAGCUCCACCAAUAGUUAAUUUUCUAGGUCUUAGCGCUGCUAAUGCCAGGACACAGCUCUUUUAUUGUUUUUUCCAUUCUUAUUGUUAAAAAUAAUCAAAUAAAAAUAAUCAAAUAAAAACAAAUAUUAAGCAUGAAAACCCAUUUAAACAGACUUAAAGGGAUAUUCCAGCUUAAAAUUAAUUUAGGGUCAAACACACUGUAACACCGAGUUAGACACCCCCUUUAGAGAUGAAUGUUGCCGACAGCUUGCUUCUCUAGUUAUACCAACUUUAGUAACAACUGCACAAUAGCAAUACAGAGAGCCACGCGCUCAACCAAAACGCCACUCUAUAGCCACAAAUAAUGCUCAGAACAGCACCUAACUUCAUCAACAGUACAUAUAGGGUCCCAGCCAUAGCACUAGACACCAAACAUCGUUUUAGCUUUGCCUAAUUUCUUUCGCAAAGAGACUAAACACAACUCACGUACUCUCUUCCAGUAGCCACUUGUUUGUAGUGAGACCUUGGGCCAGUCCAUUACGGACUACAGUGGGGUGACGCAGCUCAAGGAAGAACAUUUAUGAUCAUUUCUUCAUGAAAAUGCAAUCAGACCGAGACACUAAGGCAGAAGAACUACCGCGUCUGCAGUGCAAAAUGAUUAAUAUGAUGAUUAUUACUUCAAGGAAAUGAUACAGAAAUGAUCGUAAAUGUUCUUCCUUAAGCUGUGUCACCCUGCUAAAGUUUGGUGAAGUUAGGUGCUGUUCUGAGCUUUAUUUGUGGCUAUAGAGUGGCGUUUUGGUUGAGGUUUGUUUAUGGCUCCUCAGGCCGCUGUGUAUCGUUAUCCUGCGGUCAUUACUAAAUUUGGUAUAACUAGAGAAGCAAGCGGUUGGCAACAUUCAUCUCUCGAGGGGCUGUCUAACUCGGUGUUAUGGUGUGUUGACCCUAAAUUAAUUUUAUGCCGGAGUAUCCCCUUAAUUGAAGAAGUUGUGCACUGAAAUUACGGUUGUGUAGGUUGCCAGUGCAAAAAUAGACUGCCAGUGGACACAGGCCCUAAAACCCAGAGCCUUUCUUUUUUUAUCUGUCAGCUUAUUCAUCUUAUGCGUAAUAUGUCAGACAGAUAAGGACUUGAUGUCCACAGUUUUGGUUAAAUUUAGCAGUCAAAAAUAAGAACUGGUCAUCACUUCCACCGAUUACUCCUGUAAAGCAUAAAAACCUUUGAAAAAGAAUCACAUACACUCCAGAAUCCACAGGCCUGUUGUUAACCAGUAAGGGUGAGAAACAGGCCUGUGUUUGUUGGCCGGUGCUCACUCAGAGACACAGUCCAGUUCUUCAUGUGUUGCAUAAGAGAUAAGAAUAAAUAAAACUUUGAUUUAAUAAGUACAUUGUCAUUUAUGAUAAAUGACUCUCCUAACCUUCAUCUUGUCUAAGCCCAGCAACAACUUCAACAUUUCCUCCUCUUGUUUUUAUCGUUGGCUGUUUGGCUCUCUAUCCUUGACUUGUCAGGAUCAGGGUAAUGAGGGAGGUAUCAUUUAUUGGGGAAUAUAAUCAAACAUUUUGGGAGAUACAGCAGAUAAAGAGGAUGAUGAGAAGAUUGAUACUAUUGUAAUGUCAGUGAAUAAAAGAAAGAGUAGCAUGAAGGCUAGCUUUUUGGCCUGUGUGAGUGGAAACACUUUGACAGCUCACAGUUUAACAUGUCAUUUAUGAUUGUUCAAUAUAUACAGAUUUGACGUGAGGCAGGCUAGCUGACAAGCCUGAAAAGUGCCCAAAAAAGAGGACAUGUCCGGGUAAAAGAGGACGUAUGGUCACCCUAUUUUACUUUUAACGCAGAGCUUAACUAAGUGGAUCCUAAUAUCAACCUUAAAGUCACAAAAAUUAUUUUAAUCUUCAACUCAUGCUCUUGGCAUAAAGACCAAUAAGUGAAUUUCUGAGGUGGUCCAACUUUUGUUAACCUCCUCAUUGGUUUCAGAGGAGCUGACCGACUUCUUGCUUAUGUAAGAAUACUGUAAAGAAAAACACUGUGAGCAGCAACAAGCAAGCUAAGUUUAAAAUGCUGAUCUCCAAAGUGGUGAUGGAGUUGGACAUAGGCCUUAGAUAUUUUUCAAAAAGGAGAAUUGGGGAAGCAAAAUCCUAACCCUGAAAAAAUAGAAAAAGAUGGAAAACAAAUAGAGGAGUGCAUAUUUGACCUCUGAAGUUACCCAACAAAAAGGAUAAUCUGUUAGAGUAGAGGAGUGGACGACAAAAUAUCUUAAGACUACAUUAUGUCAAGAAGAUUAGGGUCAAAUUCACAUCAGAUUAAACUGCUUUUUGGUGGUAUUUGUUUUUCAAACAUCUCCAUGAAACUUCACCUUUUUUAUCUGAUUUGAGGCCUACAAAUGUUGUCAGUUAAAUUCCUCUAUUUCAGACCUGACCCUACAUCACCAAAUGUCUCUGUUUAAAGUUUUUCUCAGAAGCACAAGGACACAUUAAAAAGUGAUUAUUGCUCUCCAGUUACCUGGGAUUUAGAAGCAGUACGACUUUCCAGGAGGGAUUUGGAAAAACUGGUCUACUUAUAUGUUCCCCAUCACAAGGAUCCUCUGGUUUUUUAAUGUUUCUACAGAUGUUUGACUGGCUGGUUCAGGACACUGAGCAUUAAACUGAAUGAUUAUAGUUUGUGGUCAGACAUGUCUCUGUACCCAAAUACUUGAAAGAUGCGAUCUGGUCUUUUCCAUCAGCUGAAGUACAAGUGUAACAAUUCAAAUACUCCACAUCUUAGCUGAUGCAUCAUGUAGAUGGCAUUUUAGUGUCGUAGGUUGAAGUUUAGUCUCAUGGUCUCUGAUCCGGGGGUCUUGUCCAGCCACAAAACGUAUAGGUCAUGCUGAUUCUGGCUAGACCUUUAGGAGUGUUAACUAAAAGCUGUUCUGUUUGUUUGUGUGUUUCAGAGUCAAAAAUUCAGUGACAACAAUCUCCAAAAAGAAGACAGCUGCACUGUGACUGGUGACUCAGUCAGUCAGCGGUCUGCUACAGUGGACAGUGAAGAGGAGAGAAACAUUGCCUUAGAGAAGAGCUUGUACGUGUUUGACGUUUAAGGAGCAACUUGAGAUUUUCAUGAUUAUGCCUUUUUCCUGUCUCGCAAAGUGUUGGAUGAGAUUGAUUGAUGUCAGACUCAUGCUUGCAUGAUAUAUACAAGCAGAAGCCAGGCUCAGCGCAAAGACGAGAAAUUGUGGAAAACUGCUCGCAUGGUUUUGUUCAAAUAUAGAAAGAAAAUUGUGCAUACCAACACAUCUAGAUGUCGCCAGUUACACACAUGGACAAAAUCAUUAGUACCCUUCAGUUAAUGAAAGAAAAUCCCACAAUGGUCACAGAAACAACUUGAAUCUGACAGAAGUAAUGAUAAAUGAAAACUCGACAUCGAUUCUGAACUGUGGUUCAACAGAACUAUUUGAAAAAAUUGACUCAGACAGGCCUGGACAAAAAUGAUGAUACCCCUCGAAAAAACUGAAAACAAUGUGACCAAAGGGACAUGUUAAUUCAAGGUGUAUAGACAAGCAUGUUAAAGGUAAAGGCUAUAAGACCAUCUUUAAGCAGCUUGAUGUUCCUGUGACUACAGUUGCACAUAAUAUUCAGAAAUUUGAGAUCCAUGGGACUGUAGCCAACCUCCCUGGAUGUGGCCGCAGGAGGAAAAUUGAUGACAAAUCAAAGAGACGGAUAAUAUGAAUGGUAUUAUCACUUUGUGUCCUGGUACAUUCACAUGAAAGCAGAUUAAAAAUUUAAGGUUUGAUAGUCAUUGUAACUUUGUAAUACACCGACCAAGACUCCAGGAAGACACUGCAUCUUGGGUUUUGCGCAGGUUUAUCCAACAAGAUUUAUCGCUCUUGUUAUUGUGCUUUUAACAUGCUUCAGAUUUUCAAACCUUUGUUUCAAGUCUGUAUGAAACCUAACUCCCAUUGUGGAGGUGGAAUAGCAUAUUUCCCUUAAUGCAAAAAUCCUUCUGGCACAAAUAUUCAGAUUUGAUCCCAUUUUUCAAAAUCAGUGAUUAUUGUUCUCUCUUUCUCUCUCUGUUUCUCUUUCUCUCUCAGAUAUGUGCUGACAGAGCUGAUAGAGACAGAAAGGUUAUAUGUGGAAGAUCUUGGACUCAUAGUGCAGGUUUGUUGUUAAAUGAUCUGCAUUUAAGAUCUAUGUAAAACACAUCUAAGAUUCUUUUAUUAACAACAUUCUAUACAUUCAGGCCUAACGUAAAAGAAACAAUCAUCUUUCUAUCUGGAAACCUCUCAUGCAUCUAUAGGGCUACGUAGCCACAAUGGCCAGCCAGGGGGUUCCCGAGGACAUGAAAGGGAAGGACAGGAUUGUGUUUGGAAACAUCCACCAGAUUUUUGAUUGGCACAAGGAGUGAGUCAGAACUUCUUUUUGGUCUGCAGCCUCUCAAAGUGUCUUCUUUAGUUUUCCUAAGCAAGUCAUGUUCAUGUUUAUUAAGCUUUUGUCAUAUCCUUUGAGGAUUUGUACAUCCCGCGUGUGUGUGUGUGUGUGUGUGUGUGUGUGUGUGUGUGUGUGUGUGUGUGUGUGUGUGUGUGUGUGUGUGUGUGUGCUUUUGGCUGUAUGACUGUUACCUCCUGACCCUCUCUGCUUCAUGUCACAUAGUUAUUUCCUGGGGGAGCUGGAGAAAUGUGUGGGUGAUCCAGACAGUCUGGCCCAGCUCUUCAUAAAACAUGUGAGUGCACAGAUCAGUGAGUAACAAAAGUUUGGACGACAAGUUUCUCUUUUUAUUCAUGUAUUUUUCUUUAUCUCAGAGCGAGUGUUUUCAAAGUUUGGUUGAGGGUUCAAGUUGAUCAGAGCUCUGGCUGUGCGUGAAGCCUUGGCCUCCUGCCAUCCAAAUGUGUCUUCCUCAUGUUGCAGAUCAUUUGUCUGCAGGUGCAGCUGCAGAGUAAUGGCUCAUGUUCUCACAAUGUUUUGAGUACAGAGCUCAAUAAUGUUAAAGACGCUCUGCAGAGACCACAAUGUGUGUGAAAAUAAGCUGUAGUUACAGAUCUCAGAGAGCUAUGAAAUACAUCCUCCACCUUGAAAGUUUCCGUUUUUUGACUGAGCUCUUAGUUUUUGAUAUUUACAUGAAUGGCCAUGAAACAGUGAAACAGGAAAUAACUUUGCCUGGUAAAUUUUAUUGUCGUAGUAUUUUCACAUCAGUGUCUGGUCCCAACAGAGCACAAAACUAAAAACAAAAGAAAUACUUGGAGUAGGUGGAGUUUUUUCCGGCUUAGUUUCUCUAUCUGCCCACUCAGUGUUGCCUAAUUAAGCAAAAGCAAAUCAAACCUUCGUUCUCAGCCACUGGAACUAUUUAAUGAGGCAAAAUCUCUGCACUGAUUUCACAAAACUGUGAAGAAAAACCCUCGAGUUAUGGAAACACUCCAAAACUUGGUUUAGAGGCAGCUCAGACACUUAAUUCUCCCAUGCACUGCCUCUUUGAUACAGAUUAUUUAUAAUAACUGUCACGUGAAUUUUCCUGCUUUCUUAUAAAUCUUUGCAUUUUCAGGAACGGCGUCUGCACAUGUAUGUGGUUUACUGUCAGAACAAACCCAAAUCAGAGCACAUUGUUUCUGAGUACAUCGAUACCUACUUUGAAGUGAGUAAACUUUUAUGCUGCUAACUUUUUUUUUUAACCCUCCUCCUGUGUCAGGGUCUGCACCGACCCCUUUCUGAUUUUUAAAUGCUUAAAAGAACCACUUAAAUUAGCUUUUUUUGCAUCAAGACUUUUUGACUUUGUCAGGAACCUCUAUUUCAACAAAAUAAAAACAAAAAAUUAAAUUGACUAAAUUAUAAAAUGCUCCAAUUAAAAUUAUGGCACUUGUCGUGUUAGGGUCCCUGUUGACCCGCUUAGAUCAAUAUCUAAUAAUUAGAGCAAAAACUGAAAUCAUAAGUGUACUGUCAGGCAUCACACUGACAGUCAGAUCCUCUUCCAAUCAUGUGAGAUUUAGAAAUUUCUCAUUUUGCCUGUUUUUCCUUGCACAAAAAAUACUUUGGGCAUGUCGAGACAUGUGAGAUCAGUUCAGUAUAGAUGUUUGUAUGAGGGGUAUACUGACAAAGAAAGGCCCAGAGGACCACAUCAAAAAAUAAUAUGAGCAAUGUUUUCAUGGAUAAUGAAGCCUACCAAGGUAACCUAGAGAUGAGAACCAAAUUGGAUGAUAGAGAAUUGUUUUUAGUGUAAUUUACAGCUGAUUUAAGACACGGGUCAAAACCGACCCUUAACAUAGUGGGUGCAUAGUAAAAGCUGACACAGGAGGAAGGUUAAACUCCUGAAACACUUUCUACUAAAAUAGUUCUUCUCUGUAUUUUGUUCCCUGACAGGAGCUUAGACAGCAGCUAGGCCACAGGCUGCAGCUCAAUGACCUGCUCAUCAAACCUGUCCAGAGGAUCAUGAAGUAUCAGCUACUGCUGAAGGUUUUCUUUUUAAUAUGAUUAAGCCUCUUACUGUUGCAUGAAAGCAGAAGGUUGUCUGUCCUUAAGUUCUUGUGAAACAAUAUCUCAGGAAGUCCUGAGGAGAGUUUAUUUAAAAAUAAGAAAUAAAAAAAUCCCCCCAAAAUCUGAACUUAAGUAUUUCAAACUUAGAUCCAUCAGGGUAAAUUAAUGAAAAGAUGUUUGUACCGGAAAGGUUAAGGGUUAACUUUUCUUUGUAAUGCUCUGGGAAUAUUCUCUCCUGGUUAUUUUUUUCUAGUGAAAGAGAAAUUUUAGGAGCUCACUGAGCAAUUUUCUUGAAAUCCGACAUUAACAUUCAUUUAGUAAAGGGUAAACGGAUUAGGUUUAAAUGGUCAGAGUACACAGGCUAUGGUUGUAGUGGCCACUGAUUCUGCUCCUGGUCAUAACCCUUUACUGCACUCUUUGAUCCCCAUAUUUCUUGUCUCUUUGUCUUAUCAGCUGUCUCAUUGAUGGCCAAAAUGCCUUGAAAAAACUUUUGAAUAAGAAACAAACCUCACAACACUUUUACUGAGUCAUAUCUCAGCAAUACUUUAAGAAUAUCUGUCAUUCUGUGCUUUCAGUCUGAAAAACUGUAUGCUUUUAUAUCCUAUUCAGUCUGCUGUGGGCAGAUGAUUCUGUAAGCAAUCAUAUACUCUGCAAAGAAAAGCUUAAGAGACAAGGUCAUUGUCUUUUAAUGUGUCUGUCCUGUAAGUGACUGUGAUGCAGCUGCUCCAGUUUAAUGUUGGCCCAUGUAGAUUAUUUUGGUUUAGGGGUUAUGAUUUUAUCAAGAUGGUUAAAUACGUAUAUAUUUCCUUAUCCUGGAUUAGGAUAAGGAACGCAGUCAUUUUUGUGUGUGUAAACUACAACUCAGCUUCUCUGUAAAGUUGUACAGCUGUAGCGCUAAAGCUGUAUUUGUUAUUCUUCUCUCAUAGUUGAAAUCUGUAAAACUCAAAGAAAACUCCUCAUUUUCUGACAGGACUUCCUGAAGUACUACAGCAAAGCUGGCAGGAAUGUUGAAGAGCUGCAGGUAUGAGUUUAUUACAGUAAAAAAACUGUAUAUUCUGUUAUACUGUCAGAUCCUGACACAACAGCCAUGCAAUAAAUCACAGCAUUAAAGGGAUAUUCCGGCGCAAAAUUAAUUUAGGGUCAAACACCAUAACACCGAGUUAGACACCCCUUCCAGAGAUGAAUGUUGCCGACUGCUUGCUUCUCUAGUUUUACCAACUUUGGUAACAACCGCAGGAUAGCAAUACACAGCGGUCUGAGGAGCCAUAAACAAACCUUAACCAAAACGGCGCUCUAUAGCCACAAAUAAUGCUCAGAACAGCACCUAACUUCAUCAACAGUACAUAUAGGGUCCUAGCCAUAGUACUAGCCACCAAACAUCUUUUUAACUUUGCCUGAUUUCUUUAGCAAAGAGACUAAACACAACUCACCUACUCUCUUCCAGCAGCCCCUUGUUUGUAGGGACCGCAACUAGUCCAUCAUUGACUGAGGUAGGGGGGGCGCAGCUCAAGGAAGAACAUUUAUGAUCGUUACUUUAUCAUUUCCUUGAAGUAAUAAUCACCAUAUACAUCAUUUUUCACUGCAGACGCUGUAGUUCUGCCUUAGCGUCUUGGUCUGAUUCUAUUUCUAUGAAGAAAUGAUCAUCAAUGUUCUUCCCUGAGCUGCGUCACCCCACUGCAGUCUGUAAUGGACUGGCCUGAGGUCAAACAAGCGGCUGCUGGAAGAGAGUGGGUGAGUUGUGUUUAGUCUCUUUGCUAAAGAAAUCAGUCAAAUAUAAAAAGAUGUUUGUUGGCUAGUACUAUGGCUGGUAGCCUAUAUGUACUGUUGAUGAAGUUAGGUGCUGUUCUGAGCAUUAUAUGUGGCUAUAGAGUGGCGUUUUGGUUGAGGUUAUUUUAUGGCUCCUCAGACCACUGUGUAUUGCUAUCGUGCGGUCGUUACUAAAGUUGGUAUAACUAGAGAAGCAAGCGAUUGGCAACAUUCAUCUCUUGAGGGGGUGUCUAACUCGGUGUUACGGUGUGUUUGACCCUUAAUUAAUUUUACGCCGCAAUAUCUCUUUAAGGGUGUAGUGCUGAAUUUCUUAACCCAGACAGCUGUGUCUUGCUUUUUUGAACCCCAUAAGUUUUAAUGAGAACAGAUUUUCCUCUUCGUUUGAUCAGACUCCAAAAUAGAGACAAGAAUGUUGAAGGGGAAAACAUACAGAGGAAUUACAUUCUCCUGUUUGUGCCUGCAUUUUUUAUGUUUCUUGGAUGGAAUGAACUAGAAUGGGAAUUUUCCCUUGUGGGACUAAUACAGGAGUAUCUUAUCUUAGUAUCUUACUUUAUUCUUGUCUGUCAUGAGACAUGCUGAACAUAAAUAGUCUAGAAAUGCACAAAUGUUCAAAAAGGAUCCCAUAGACAUGCACUCAGGCACUUUGGAGUUUGGCGCCUCACUCAAUGGCAUCUCAGCAGUGCCCAGAAAGUGAACAACCAGUCCCAACUUCCAUAUUUUGGACCUUAAUGGAGACUACAUGGGGGAUUUAUUGCCACACAGUUGUAUUAUACUGCUUUAGUUUAGCUGCAUGUUUCAAGAAUCUGGCAGCCAAACAUUUUUGGGUCUGCUCCUCACUAAUUCACUCAGUCAUUCUCUUUCUUUGCUUGUCCUCCAUUAGAGGGCGGUGGAGGUGAUGUGCUUUGUGCCAAAACGCUGUAACGAUAUGAUGAAUGUGGGCAGACUCCAAGGUUUUGAGGUGAGAUACUGAUUGGCAUCUGUCUUGUCUCAAUAAGAACAUUUCAUGGUUUACAGGAAGAUCUGGGAUCUGUGACGAUGUUUGCCUUUUGUUUUAGGGGAAAGUCACAGCUCAGGGGAAGUUGCUCCAGCAGGAUACUUUCUUAGUCAGCGAGCAGGAAAGUGGCCUCCUGUCCAGGCCAAGAGAGAGGCGGGUCUUCCUGUUCGAGCAGCUGGUCAUCUUCAGUGAGCCAAUAGAUAAGAAAAAGGGCUUCUCUUUGCCAGGGUACACCUUUAAAAACAGCAUCAAGGUAUGGUUGACGCAGGGUUUUCAAACAUCUCAGCAGCAAAUCUUGUUUGGUGUCUUUCUGUCAUGUUUUAUAACUCUCCUGUGUGCCUCAGGUCAGCUGUUUGGGUGUGGAGGAUCUUUCUGAGGAAGACCCAUGCUGCCUCGUCCUGACCUCCCGUGGGACUAAUGGCAGCCUGACACGCUUCAUCAUGCAGGCAUCGUCUCCAGACAUACAGGAAGCUUGGCUCAGUGACGUGGUGCAGAUCUUAGAGACGCAGAGAAACUUCCUUAAUGGUAUCAGAGUUCAGUGUAUCUUCUGUAACACCAAAGUUCAACACUUUCUUUGUGUAUUUGAGAAAUGUGACACCUCUUCCUGUACCCUGCAGCCCUUCAGUCUCCGAUUGAGUACCAACGCAAGGAGAGCAAGUCAAACAGUCUUGGCAGGAACCUGAAGUCCCCAACAGGGUCAGCAUCUGGCUUUGGACCUCACUCCUCGGCAUCUAUGGACCGACGUCAACAGCCCCGCUUGCUGAGCCACAACACCUCCCUGCCCUCUCUGACACAACACAGCCAGACCUCGAAGAGGGGGCGCGGCAAAGAGACCUCCAAUGGACUGACCUGCAGCCUACAUAGUAUGCAGGUACAUUGGUAUCCUUCAGAAAGUUUUAUGUAGGUUUUAACAUCAUCGUACUUAGAGUAAAGGUGGGGUAGGCAGGAUCUGAGGAAGAGACAGUUUUUAGGAGAAAUCUUGAAUGUAAACUCUACCCCUCCAAACCAGUUUUCCCAUCAGCUCCUCCUCUCCCCUCUGUCUCUGCUCCAGCAAGCCCCACCCACAAACAGACGCUCCUGCUCGCUUGUAUCAUUUCAAUUAAAUUCAGAUAUAAUGCAGAUAAAUACUUCAGAUGAUUACAAAUGGGGCCCAGUCAACGUGAAAGUAAAAAGCAUUGGUGCUACUGUAGAUGCCAACAGACUACCAGCAAACACAAUGUUUGCUGGACUUCUACAACUAGGAUGAAGUGACAUAGUCCAGGACCCGAGCUAAACAGUUUAGCGGUGCUACAACACGCAGCAGGUCCCGUUUGACAAGAAACAUUUCUGUUACAGACACUUGGCUUACUUUGUUAAAGCAGUUUACCUGUCCAGCAGAAAGGUUACAGGGUUUGUAAGAUCCCAAAGUGUCCCCCAUCGUUAAUGUUGAUCUUGUCCCGGCUUCUUAGCUCUUGUCCGGUCUUCCUCCUUUUUUAAGCGCCUGUUAUUCUGCCAGAGUCUCCGGUAUUUACUUUGUUUUAUUGCUUGUGUUUUCCACACUUUUUGGUUGGUUUCUACUAUCUGAUAUUGUAGCACGCUAACUUUGUUUGGGCUCCGGAACGACACGGGGGAGCAGCAUCUGCCUCAAAACCAAUCAGCCCUAAGGAGCAGCGUCCGCCUCACAACCAAUCAGAAUGGGGGAGGCAGGGAACGGUUUUGUUAACAGUCAGAAAGAGCGGGCUGCUCAAAAAAUUCAAAAUGUUGACUACACAGACAUAACAAAACACAGCGAUAUUGUUAAGUUACCAAAUGUCAUCAAUCUAAUAGCUUUUGACUGGUAUUUAAAGCUUUUUUGUAUAUGUCCAUGUAGAUUCUCAAUUAUCCAGGUCAUGGUUUUCUUGAAGAAUUCAAAAACAGGCAACUGCACUGUGUAGAGUUGAGUUUUUUUUGCAUAUACACCUAAAAAAAGAUGCUUUUUGAACGGAAUCCUGCCGACCCCAUCUUUAAUUUGAAUGUUUCUUAUAAUUUGAGUGCUUUUUGCUCUUCUGAGAUUGAGUGACUUUUAUGUACUGCUUAGUCAAACCUCUAAAAUAAUGCAUUAUGCAUCAGAUUAGUGCUUACAGUUAAAGAAAGCCUUGCACAUUUUUAAACUUUGUCUCCAGAUUUUUUUUAUUUACAUGUUUAAUGAAAAAUUAGACAAAAGGUCUUGAAUAUGUUACUUGAAACAUUAACUACAAAACAAAAGGUGAUGUUUGCAACUGGAGUAAAACUGAUUCAUCAGCCACCUACAAUGAAACAAAACAAACUCAGAGUUGAUUUGAACUGUAACAUCAGCCGCUCCCUCCAUGUCAACAGCUUGAGGCCUCCUCCAGCUAUCAUGAUCACUGAUGAUGAGGGGAAAUGACUCUCUGGUCGCCUUUGUUUAAUAUCCUGUUGUUGUUUCUGAGCGGAUUUACAAACCUGGUCGACCUAAUCUAAAGCCGGUGUCAGUCAGUUAUCCAGUUUGAAAAACCACCGACCUGCUUUUUUAUCUUAAAGUCUCAGACUUCCACUCAUAGGAGGAAACGGUUUGAUCACAUAGCUUUUAUUAGACAUGCUUAUCUGGCCUGAUUCCAUAAAGACACUCUCAUCCUCAUUCCCCCCAGCAUGUUUUUUGGAUCAGCCGUGUUUCCAUCCUGUUUUAGACAAGCAGGAACUCAGGCAAUUUUCCCAUGUUGCUAAAAUUAAUUCCUCUAUGGUGCUUAUCCACCAGGGAGGCGAUCUCAGCAUUUAAACACUGGACAUUUGUUUUCAACAACAGGACAUUUAGUGUUACAGCUCCAUACUUAAACCUUGUAAAAGUUUGAUCAAGUCCAGAUUAGUUAUAAAACCCAAGGUUGGGACACAUAAAGAUACCAGUGUUGUCCCUGAAAGACCUGUUCAUAUGUUUUCUAAAAGCUCUGUUAUUUUAUAUCAAAUAAUGUUUUGUGGUGAGUUUCAGAGCAUCAGGGUAACUUAUUUUGACCUCAGACAGCGUUUUUCCUAUAAAAUUAGUGUAAUAAAAGCUUGAGCAAGUGAUUAUAAUUUCAUCGUCAUUAUCUGAACUUGUUCAAUAACAAUAUAUUGUAGGUAAAGUAAGCUAUUACCUAAUUAAUAUUAAUUCCUUGUUGUCCACAUUAAUAACUUCUAUUUAUAUUUCACAAACAGAUUGUAACCAGAGUCAAAUUUCUUGUCCAAUAAGACUGGUUCUGAUUCUGAUAUUUAUAACUAUGGUCAUAUUACAUCUUUUCUGAAACCUUAGAGUCCAGUGAGUUUAGAGUCCUGUGAGUCCUGUUUGUGUUUAUUUCUCUGGUGUUCCUCAAUGCCCUUUAAUAAAAGAAGGCCUUUUUGUUUUCACACUGGCACUGGAACGUAUGAUUGAAAUAUUUUUUUUCUGUUACUUACAUUUCCACACUGAACCGCACAGGUACAGAAGGUAUGAUAUGUCAUUUUUUUUCUUCUCAGGGUCUGUCUGCCAGUUUCAGGGUGAGCACAUUAAAUGAGAGUGGGAAUAAUUCAGCACAUCUACCAAACAACCUGGACCAGCGGAUUAAGAACAAGCGGCAAUGAACUGUAAAAAGAAACUGUAAAGAAAAGUGGACUUUGUUUCCUGCAAUAUGACUCUAGUGAUUUGCUAGAGUCAUGGACUGAAUAUAUUUUUACAUGCAGUCAGCUGUGCUCUGUCAGGAUCUGUUUCCCCCUAUUCUGAGGUCAGUGAUCUUACUGUUUCUGUCUCUGUGUAUCGUCCUAAUAUUUCCUUUAAAAACUUCUGGUUUAGGCUAAACUGGACUUGCUUUAUUGAGUUUAUGCGUGUGUGUGUGUGUGUGUGUGUGUAUACAUGGCAUACACACAUUUCUACAGGCAGUAAGAAUCUGUAAUUGACAGAGUGAGAAUAAAGCAUCAUAAAUACUCCAUUCACUGAAAUAAAUGCUUAGAUUUCUUUUUCCACCAAAGAUUCCUAGAUGAAUAUUUUUGUAAUGAAAAACAUUUUCAUAUGAGACAAAGUCCACCUUAUCCUCUCUUGAGAUCUCUGUGCACUCAGCCAGACUGUCUUCAAAUAACUGCAUCAUGGAGAUCUGGAAUCAUAUGAGCUGUUUCUGUAUAUCUGUGCACUCUCUGCAGAUUAUCAGAUAUAUUUUCUCUGUGGUGAGCUAUUUCAACUCUAACUAUGAAGUGGAAAGAGAAAAAAAGGGACAUAGAGAUAAAACAGAGGUGUUUAUCUGUCACUGUAUUCUGCAAUGUGGAUAAUGUCAUGUGGGAUCAUAUCAAUAAAAAAUCAGACAUGGCAUUCUGCUACGAGUACACUCAGACUUUUGUCAAAGUAUUGUCAAAUCCCCCCAAACGGUCUACAUAAAAAGACAAUAAAAUGUUCACAAAGACAAACAAAGAACUGCAUCAUUUAGAGUCAAAAAAACAUGUCUUAUUAAGUAGCAAUUUUAUGUUUUUCUCUCUUUUUUGCAAUAUUUCUCUGUGUUUAUUUUUUAUGGUCUUCAUAAGUGUGCGUUAUUUGGAGGUCAUACCACAUUUUGAUUUUCUUUUUAGCCAUUUGCACAUGUUUGUAGUGGGUUUGAUCUCCUCUCUGUUUAUUUUCAUGUCUUUGUUGUCGUACCUCUUUGCUGUCAUCUUUUUAACUUCCUGUCAAUAAACUCCCUGAGCUCUGUGAAGCACUCUCAGUUA